GAGAAGAAAGACGGAAAAAAGAUGAAGAGCGGUGCCGCGGGUGGUGCGGUUCCUUCGUACGGCGUCUCCGCCAAACGACGAUGGAGAGGGUUCGUAAUUGCGGUGCUUGGCCUCGUCAUUCUCUCCAUGCUCGUCCCUCUCGUCUUUUUGCUUGGCCUUCACAACGGAUUCCACUCUUCCGGAUAUAUAUAUGAACAGAGAAGCUCUCCUUCGAAUCAGAAGGGUGUUGAAAGAUAUGAUAGACGUGAUGUCAGCCAUAACAAGAAUUGGUCUGAGGGAGAACAAUCAAGUCAUGUAAAGGAACUGAUCACAAAGUUCGAACCAACUCUUCCAAAGGAUGUUAUCAAGAAUUAUUCUCGAGGAGAUAAGAAUGGCACCAUCAAUAAGGGCACCAGUGAUGUUAAACAAAAAGGUUUCAAGGCGCCAACUAAGCCACCUAAUGGUGUUCUGCAAUCACCUCCGGCUUCAAAUAAUCCUAGAAGUGGUCAUGUUGAACAAGUUACCGACCUUAAAAAAAGCUCUGCCGAUGAAAGUGUAAAGUCUUGCGAGCUCACAUUUGGUAGUUAUUGCUUAUGGCAAAAAGAACAUAGAGAAGAAAUGAAAGAUGCGAUGAUUAAGAAAUUGAAAGACCAACUAUUUGUGGCUAGAGCUUAUUAUCCUAGCAUUGCAAAACUCCCAGCACAAGACAAAUUGUCUCGCCAACUGAAACAGAAUAUACAAGAGCUGGAGCAUGUGCUUAGUGAAGCUACUACAGAUGCUGAUCUUCCACCACUGAUUGAGAAAUAUUCGCAGAAGAUGGAAGGUCAAAUAGCCAAAGCUAAAUCAGUCACUGUUGAUUGCAAUAAUGUUGACAAGAAAUUGAGACAAAUAUUUGAUUUGACUGAGGAUGAAGCUGACUUCCACAUGAAACAGAGUGCAUUCCUGUAUAAACUUAAUGUUCAGACAAUGCCGAAGAGUCAUCACUGCCUGUCACUGAAACUAACUGUAGAAUAUUUCAAAUCUUCACAUUAUGAAGAAAAGGCUGAUGCAGAAAAGUUUAUCGAUUCUUCAUUGCACCAUUUUGUUAUUUUGUCUAAUAAUGUGCUUGCGGCAUCAGUGGUCAUCAACAGCACUGUAAUUCAUGCAAAAGAAAGUUCAAAUCAAGUUUUUCAUGUGCUGACUGAUGGACAAAAUUAUUAUGCAAUGAAGCUCUGGUUCUUGAGGAACAGCUAUAAGGAAGCUGCCGUUCAAGUGUUGAACAUUGAGCACCUUGACCUAGACAGCCAAAAGGGGAAUCCAUUGCAUUUGUCCUUGACUGAGGAGUUCCGUGUUUCGAUUCAUGGUUUUGUUAAUCCAUCCAUUAGCCAGAUUAGAACAGAAUACAUUUCAAUUUUUUCUCAUUCACACUAUCUACUUCCUGAUAUAUUCAGCAAUUUAAAGAAAGUUGUGGUUCUUGAUGACGAUGUUGUUAUUCAGCAAGACUUGUCAGCCCUGUGGAACCUAGACUUGGAAGGAAAAGUUAAUGGUGCAGUGCAAUUCUGCUCAGUAAAGCUGGGUCAGCUAAAAAGUUAUCUGGGUGAGAAAGGUUUCAGUCAUAAUUCUUGUGCUUGGAUGUCGGGGUUGAACAUAAUUGACCUAGCCAGGUGGAGAGAGCUUGGUCUUACUCAAACUUACAAACAGUUGAUAAAAGAGAAGUUGAGCUUAAGAGAAGGAUCCACUGAAGCUAUUGCAUGGCGUGCAAGCUUGCUCGCCUUUGAGAAUAAAAUAUAUCCACUCGAUGAGUCAUGGGUUCUGUCUGGAAUGGGUCAUGAGUACAGAAUUGAUACUCAAGCCAUUAAAACGGCUCCAGUGCUACACUACAAUGGGAAUAUGAAACCUUGGCUAGAUCUGGGAAUUCCAAAGUACAAAAGUUAUUGGAAGAAGUUUCUGAACAAAGAAGAUCAGCUCUUAAGUGAGUGCAAUGUAUAUUCAUAAUAAGCUACGAUCCCUGUAUAAGCUUGCUUAUUUUGGCAAUUGUUGGGGUAAUCUCUUAAGAAGCAAGAAGAGGAUGCCUGUGCUCUGGGUGCUCAAAAUCUUCCGAUCUAGUUUUCGAAGGGGUUUUGUGGAAGAAUUGAUAUUGUUGAUGAGCUUAACACACCAGUUAAAAAAUUAAUCAGUCAAUAAGGAACCUGGCAACUUAACUGCAUUUCUGGCAAAAGCAUUAAGAAGCCUGAGUACCUUCACAGUUUUCAAGAUAGCUAAUUGGUGUUGAGGUUUUCCCCACUUUGCAGUAUGAAGAGUUAUACAAUCGAGGCAGUGGUCAAUGAAAAAUAACUCAAAUAUAAAGACAGUGCAAUUUUAUUUUAUUUUCAAGAUUUUAUUAUCCUACAUGAUGUAAAUUAUUCGUAGCUGGGAAAAAAAUAGAAUUAUUCCUCCUAGUUCUUUGGAUUCAUUAUCUGCUCAAUGUUU